GUGUUUUCUAUUAUAAUCUGAAAGCAGCAUUGUCUGUCUUGUCUUCCUCUUCAUUUCUUUUUUUUUUCUUCUUUUCUUUUUGGAUUUUCGAGACAGGGUUUCUCUGUGUAGUUUUGGUGCCUGUCCUGGAUCUUGCUCUGUAGACCAGGCUGGCCUCGAACUCACAGAGAUCCACCUGGCUGGGAUUAAAGGCGUGCGCCACCGCCGCCCGGCUCCUCUUCAUUUCUAACACUUAGAAUGUCAGCGACUGGUGUGUAGUAAGUAGACGCUCAGUAAAUGUUUGGUGAGUGGAUGAAUGGACAUAGGAGCUGUGAAUAUAGGGCAAAACUGAGUUAUCCUCGGAGAGGUGCCUUUCCUGGGUCCUUGCCCUCUUCAUCUGCCAGCUCCAAGUGUUUCCCAGAAAUUCUGAGCUUAAUUAUUCUGUAGUUAUCAAUUGUACUAAAAAUAAUUAGCAGGCUGGAGAGAUGGCUCAGUGGUUAAGAGCACUGACUGCUCUUCUUGAGGACCUGAGUUCAAUUCCCAGCACCCACAUCAGGUGGCUUACAACUGUCUGUAACCCCAGCUCCAGGGGGAUCUCACACCUCUGACCUCUGUGAGCACUUGCAUUCGUGUGCACAUACUCCCCCCGCCCCCCAUACACCUAAUUAAAAUAAUAAAAAUAAAUCUUUUAAAAUGAUUAGCAGCCAGGGCCAUUAUCACCUACAAAUAAGAAUGUGGGGAUACUGUUCCAGAGUAUCCAUCUUUGUCCUUAGAGAAGUGUGGUGGGGAUGCCCCAUUGCUAAGAGCAGUACCUCAGUAUCCUAAUAAUCCAUGUCCUAGCUUCUUAUGAGUAGAAAUGAACUGAAUCCCGUGGAUGCUGCACUGUCUUAGGACCUUAGGUCCAGGGCAGCUAAUCUUAGGUACCUCUAAGGUCACUCACAUCAAUGUCACCCCCCACCCUCCCAGGUACACAUAUACUAUACCACGUACACUCUUACCAAUGAGGAGGGCUGUGCGGAAGGAUCAUCCAAGGUCAUGAACAGACUAAAAUGUCAAGGCAGCAGGUCACUCCCUCCAAAAGAUAGUGGAAAUAAAUUUGAAUAAACAAAACAGGUUUGCUGAAAUAAAACCAGGACACCUCCACUGCUCCAGUCAGCCUGCUUCCAGAAGGCCUGUCAGACAGGGUAGCACCUGUGGCUGAGUGAGCAGUGUCCAGCAUGUACCAGGUUGCUGCAUUCUUGGCUAUGAUCAUGGGAACCCACAUCAUCAGUUCAGAGAUCCGGAAUGACUGUAGUCAUUGGCCCAGCUGCUGCCCCAGCAAAGAACAAGACUCCACUCAGGAGUUGCUGACGUGGAACCCUGCAUCUACGUCUCCUCCAGAGCCUCUGAGUCUCACCUACCACCCAGAAUCCUGCAAGGCCAGCAGGGAUGGACCCCUCAACAGGAGGGCCAUCUCUCCUUGGAGCUAUGAGUUGGACAGGGACUUGAACCGGGUCCCCCAGGAUCUGUACCAUGCAAAAUGCCUGUGCCCACACUGUGUCAGCCUACGGACAGGCUCCCGCAUGGACCUGAUGGGCAACUCGGUACCCCUCUACCACAACCAGACGGUCUUCUACCGGCGGCCGUGCUACGGACAGCAAGGUUGCCAUCAUGGCUACUGCCUGGAGCGCAGGCUCUACCGCGUCUCCUUGGCUUGUGUCUGUGUGCGGCCCCGCGCAAUGGCGGCUUAAUCACGCUUGCCACCUACCUGAGGCUGAUAUCUUGCCGCAGUGGGCCAGGGUACCUGAAUGCUCAAGCCCUCCAGAGCCCUACCUGAAGCACCAGGAUCCUGGGACCAGACGGAGAACUUGGGGAGAAACCCUGACUUUUGCACUUUUUUGAAAGAACUUUUGGGAAGGAGCAGUUGCAGCCCGGGGCUGCUUGGAAGAUGCUGUCGUGGCAUUUCCUCCCAGAAAAGGUCUCCAGAGGGCCUGCCGGUCCCUGGAAGCUGUACUACUGACUCUCCCUUCCCUCUGGAUUCCCCUGACCAGCACAGGCACUUUCUCUGUAUUUCCCCCUUUGCCCUUCAUUUUGUUGGCUGGUGGAUACCAGCGCUGUAGGCAGCCAGGUGUAAUUACUUUGACAUGGAUAAUUCUGAGGAGAGAGCUGUUAUUGAACGCGAAGAGAUUUAUCCAAAAUAAAUAUCUGUAUUUAAAACCGG